UACAGUCUCACGAAGAAGCAGCAAACUCCCUUCCAAUCGUCAUUGCAGCCAACGAUGUCACCUACAGUCUCAGUCAUGUUGAAGAAUCUUGGAUUCAUCUGCUCAAAUUCAGGUGACAGUAGUCGUUUGAAGCAGCUGACAAUGUGCAACUUUGACUUUUGCUGUGCGGCCGUGCGUACAGUGUCAGUCAGCUACCUGCGCUCCAUCCUGGAACACGUGCGCUGCUACCUGCUCGACAGGGGUUGGAGUUGGUCUACUACACUGUGCGAUGAUUUUGUUGCAGAUUCGAGUGGCGAAUUGAUGGCAAGACUGAUGCUGUCUGCUAUGGCCUGGUGUGACGGCUACACUGAUCCUCUCCUUGUCCCUCUCACCGGUUGGCUACAGCCCCCUCUUCCUCUUCAGAUUAAAAACGUGGUUGUGAAUGGUGGAGUGAACCUGAUUGAACCGACUCCGUCAGCUCAGCAUAUAGUGGUUGUGCCUCACACUGGAGAUCCUCAGCUCUGGCAUGUUAUGUCCAACACUCUCGUCACUACAUUCAAAGGACACAAUGGAAGAGUUCUUUGUAUAGCAAUGACGAAACAAUCUCAAUACCUUCUGACGGGCGGUGAAGAUACAUCUAUCAUCAUCUGGGAUUUGAAAACUUUCGAGCUGAAGCUGCGAAUUUACGAGCACAUAGCCCCAGUGCUAUGCCUGACCCCGGCAAUGAACAACACCCUGAUAGCGUCAGGCGGGGAUGACUCACGCAUCAUCGUGACGCAACUGCUGCCGACGGGGCGGCGGAAGGCGGGGGAUGUCGUCAUCAAGAUAGACCACCACCGCGGCCCCGUCACCAAUGUGCUUGUCACUGCCGCCUCUGACAUACUCAUCUCUGGUUCAUCGGACGGCAGUGUGUGCCUGUGGACUCUGGACACGUUCACAGUUCUGAACACAAUCACGCUGCCUUCUCCGGUGUGUCGCCUGGCCAUCUCCUCGGAUUCGGUGUUCCUGCUGGCCGCCUGUGAGGACAACCAACUCUAUUUGCACACUCUGGCCACCGGCACUCAGAUACAUUGCCUCAGGGGUCACAAGGCCAAGGUGGUGUCAAUCUGGCUGGCGGGGGACAACCAGCGGGCGGUGGCGGGAGGGGCAGACGGCCGUGUGUAUGUGUUCGACAUGCACAGCGGAUGUCUGGUGCGGACUAUCAGCACCAGCCACAAUUCCAAGGUCACCGGCGUCAAAGUCACCAACAAUGACGACUUCCUCAUCACUGCAGGAGGCAACCGGAUAACCUUCUGGAGUUUUCGGAAAGAGGAUGGAGUUGGAAUAGAUGAGCUAGGAGUGCAGAUGAGUGGCAAGCCACCCAACCAGGCCCAACGACCCCAUACCGCCUCUAUCUCCUGUCUCGACAUAUCCAGGGAUGGAACCACCGCUGUUACAGGAGCCAUGGACAGCCUAAUCAACGUGUGGUUGGUGAACACCCAUGAGCUGAGCGCCACCCUGGAAGGGCACUCGGCCAACGUCACGUGUCUGGCCAUCUCGCCCAAUGGCCUCUUCGUCAUUUCGGGCUCAGAGGACAAGACUGCCCGCGUCUGGGGUCUCACGCUUGGACUCGUUGUAUCUGUCUUUACG